AUGGCACAUAUUCGAGAAAGAGAACCACGCACAACCUUCCGGCCAACUCCAGGUACUUCGACAUUAACAUCGACAAUUACAGCCAAUAAUCAAAAGCAAGAGACACAAAUUGACCCACUAAUAAAAACUUACAUCGAUGAAUCAAUCUGCGCAUUCACUACCGCAAUUAUCACAUCUAUCAAACAGUACAUUGAUAUCCACAACUCAAUACAAGACAACAGUUCAACACCAGUAGAUCACAGAAAAGUGUCACAGAAACUGCAAAGGCCAAUAGACCCAUCCAACAUUGCACCAACCAAUAACCUAACAUCGACAAGCAAAGGGAAAGAAGCUGUCAAUUCAUCAGGUAAAUACCCUUCCACCCCAGUGCUAAAUGAUCUUAUCAUGAAGGCAUUAAGAGUUACCAUCCAAGAUCAAAACACAGCAACCACUACAGCACCCAUGAGCUUACAUUUGUUUAAGCUAACACGAUACAAGUAUCCAUCUUUUGACUAUUCCAAAUUCAAAGGUAUUUACAAUAUUCAAGGUUUCACCAAUCCUCAUGCUGCAAAAACUGAAACAAUUGCUUUUGGUUUAUACACAAACCUCCAAGAAUUUUCAUAUACAAACUUACUGGACAACAUAAAAAAGGCUAAAGAUGAACCCACAUUACAGUCUACAGAAGGUGGUACAAUUUCAGUAAAAAGGUGGUCACAGCACACAGUGUUUAAUGAUAUUUCAGAAUGGUUACUUGCCUUUAAAGCAUAUAUGGACACUGUGCUUGUCAUCUAUGAAAAUAGAGAACAGGAACUUAACACGUAUCGAGAUCAUAUUAAUGAACUAUGCCUUAAGCAAAGUUUUCAUGCUGCCAUGUUCUAUGAUGAAGAUCGAAGAGUGACCUUAGUGACAAACAGGGACUCAAAUUUUUUAGACUGUGAUCUUGAAGCAGAGAGUAGAAACUUCAAUCUAACUACAGUAAAAAAGCAUAGAAAUAGUAUAUGUUGA